ACACACGGAGUUGGAUGAACAGAAGAUCCAGCACUGCUUCUGUUACACCUCCACUGUCCUCACCUCCACACUGGCCUUCCAGAAAGAACAGAAACUCAAAGUGGAGUGCCAGGCACUGUUACAGGUGGCCAAGAAUCUCUUCACACAUCUGGAUGAUGUCUCAGUGUUGUUGCAGGAGAUUAUAGUGGAGGCCAGGAACCUCAGUGAUGCAGAGAUUUGCUCUGUGUUCCUACUGGAUCAAGUCAGCCAUGAGCUGGUUGCCAAGGUUUUUGAUGGGGGCGUGGUCAGUGAUGAUGAGAAGGAGUUCCGUAUCCCUGCAGACCAGGGCAUAGCGGGUCAUGUAGCUAUGACUGGGCAGAUCCUGAACAUUAAGGAUGCGUACUCCCACCCUCUGUUCUACCGAGGAGUGGACGACAGCACCGGUUUUAGAACACGCAACAUCCUCUGCUUCCCCAUCAAGGACGAGAACAACGAGGUGAUUGGGGUGGCUGAGUUGGUCAAUAAGACUAAUGGACCGUGGUUUAACCGCUUCGAUGAGGACCUGGCCACUGCUUUCUCCAUCUACUGUGGAAUCAGCAUCGCACAUUCUCUUCUGUAUAAGAAGGUCCAUGAAGCUCAGUUCAGAUCCCACCUGGCCAACGAGAUGAUGAUGUACCACAUGAAGGUAUCAGCGGAGGAGGUGGCCCAGCUGUUGGUAACUGGGCUGGAGCCAGUGGAAGAGAUUCAUCCCUUAUUUGCUGAGUUCACCUACACACCCCGCUCACUACCUGACGACAACACACCCAUGGGCAUCCUGAGUAUGUUUGAAGACAUGGGCUUCAUCAACGCCUAUAAGAUUGACCUGCACACUCUGGCCAGGUUCUGUCUGAUGGUAAAGAAGGGUUACAGAGAUCCUCCCUAUCAUAACUGGACGCACGCCUUCUCAGUCUCUCACUUCUGUUAUCUCCUCUACAAGAACCUGGGCCUGGCCAACUACCUGGAGAAUAUAGAGAUCUUUGCUCUCUUUGUCUCCUGUAUGUGCCAUGACCUGGACCACCGUGGGACUAACAACUCCUUUCAAGUGGCCUCACAAUCUGUCCUGGCUGCCCUCUACAGCUCAGAGGGCUCUGUGAUGGAGCGACACCACUUUGCCCAAGCCAUAGCCAUUCUGAACACCCACGGCUGCAACAUCUUCGACAAGUUCUCCAGAAAGGACUACCAGAGGAUGUUGGACUUGAUGAGGGAUAUUAUCCUGGCCACUGACCUGGCUCACCACCUUCGCAUCUUCCCCGACCUGCAAAGGAUGGCUGACGCUGGCUACAAUCCCAAAAAUCAGACCCACCGUUCUCUGCUGCUGUGUCUGCUGAUGACCUCAUGCGACCUGUCGGACCAGACCAAGGGCUGGAAGACCACCCGCAAGAUCGCUGAGCUGAUCUAUAAAGAGUUCUUCUCCCAGGGGGAUCUGGAGAAGGCGAUGGGGAAUCGUCCCAGUGAGAUGAUGGACAGAGAGAAGGCCUACAUCCCAGAGCUACAGAUCAGCUUCAUGGAACACAUCGCCAUGCCCAUCUACAAGCUGCUGUCAGAGCUGUUACCAGGGGCAACCGAGCUGUAUGAGCGUGUAGCGACCAAUCGAGUACAGUGGACCAAAGUCUCCCACAAGUUCAGCGUCCGUGGGUUGCCUAGCAACAAUAGCCUCGACUUCCUGGAUGAAGAGUAUGAAUUGCUGCAAUCUCAGGGUGCACUUGGGGAUGACAGCCACUGCGAUGACACCCACUGCCUCAACGGUUGCCUGGAUGAGGGGGGUGGAGGGAGGGGCCUGUAACCAUA